GGAUAAGGCCAUGCUGCAGCAAGUACAGUUUGAAGCAUCAGUGGCUGUGCACAGGGUCAUGUUGGAGUAUCUCAAAGUGCGUGGCCAUGGAUAAGCCCAUGACAGAGCAGGUACACCCCCAGAGGGACUGCAGCCAUGGGUAAGCCCAUGCUGAAGCAGAUGUAAUUCUGAAGGGACUGUGGCUGUGGGUAAGGCCACGCUGGAGCAGGUCUAUGGUCAUGGCCCAUGGUUAAGGCCACUUUGGAACCGGUCCACCUCGAAGCAACUGUGGCAGUAGAUAAGUCUGUGCCGCAGCAGACAUACCCGUGGAGACACUGUGGUUCAUAGAUAAAGCUCCACUUGGAGCAGAUACAAACUGCGGUCUGUGGCUAAGUCCAAGCCAGAGCAGGGGCAAGGGGAGAAGUUCACUGCAAUGUUAAACCCUGUGGACUGAUCCAAAGGGACCAGGGGUAGAGAUUGUAAUGGAUAUACCUUUAAAUUGUUGUAACCCAUUAAUUGAGUUGCACGUUAUAGGAAUGGCUAUAGUAGGAACCACCUGAACCAAUGGAGGACGAGCAUUACAAGAAGCAAUGCAAAUGCAGCAGCAACACAGUCUGAGCUGGCUUUGGUGCCCCAUAACCCCAUGCAACACACCACCUCUCCUCUCCUGAGUGACAACCAUAACAGUUGGAGCACAAAGUCUGGACUAAACAAGUGCAGUGGGCAUUUUAUGGACAUUCUACACACAUGUUUACAGGGUUGGUCCACGGACUAGGAGAAUGAUGUCUGUGUAUCAUAUCAAAGGAUGAGAAGGGUGAUGAUGGUUAAUAAGGUUGUGUUGGAAAGUGUGACAUGAUGUGCAAGGCCUGACAAUGGCACCGAAUGAGCACUGCCUUCAAGCCUCCUUCCUGUAAAUGAUAGGACCAAACAAGGCGGUGUGAUGAACAUGCCACUGCAUCAAAUCUCUGUCAUUCCAGCUCCGGAUGUUACCUCUUCCAGAGUCACCAGGAGCAAGACCAAAGAAAAAGAGGAACAGGCAAAUGUAGGGCAGUCAGCAGCUCUGCUUACACAGCUCCGUCUCUUUAGUCUGAAUAACAGGAGUCAUGCAACCAGAGGAAGCUACACUGAGGAUACACACAUGCAUUCAUGCUGGAAAAUGAAGCUUCAGAAUGAGAAGGCUUUGGGGCAUUCCGUGAGCCGCUCUAGCAACAUCUCAAAGGCUGGAAGUCCAACCUCUAUCUCUGCCCCUCACAGCUUCUCUCGGACUUCUGUUACGCCAUCCAACCAGGACAUCUGCAGUUCCAGUGCAGUGUUUUCUGAGUGUUGUCAUCACAGUCCAGUGCAGUCUGCUGUUGUCUUGAAAAAUCCUCACUGCCAGAGCCCUCUGACACAAGGGGUCACAGUGACAGUAAUCUGUCAGGACACGUUACAUGCAGCAAAGAAAAACUCCCGUGGGCAGGAUCGGGGCCAGGCACUCAGGUCUUCUAAGAAUGUAAAGCCCACCCGCACCCUGAAAUUCUCCAAGUCCCUCAAUGACGUGGACCAGAAGGCACAGAGCACCAGUGAGUGCUUUGACUAUGUGGAGCGAACGCGCUCAGAAGGCAAAUUGACCCCGACUCAAGAGCAGUGUGUAAGGAUUAACAAAUUUCAUCUCAAAGAGAGGAAACCGCUGCACCUCAGACCUCUUUCUUUUAGCAAUUCUAAGCACUCCUAUAUCCCUUCCCUUUCCAACUACUCGAGUGCGUCAGGAGGAGCAGAGGACCAUAAAGCCGUACAUAUUCCCUUGCUGGAGGACAAAGUGGACCAUGACACCUCAAGGAGCAAAAAACUGUUGCGUUACCUUUUUUCCUUCUCCCACACUUCCAGCACCAGCAGCCUGCAUAAGUUCCACGAACUGGAGAGCUAUUCCAGUCACUUCCAAGCUGAGAAAUCCUCCAGCAUGCUGGUGGAAAGCACAGACUUCUGCUCUGAUGAUAUGGGAGAUGAUGACGUCUUUGAGGACAGCACCUCAGUGAAAUUGAAAUCAAAAGAGCAGCGGGCGCCGCUCUGCUCAGUUGAGAAGGACAGUGACCUUGACUGCCCCUCCCCUCUGUCAGAAAAAUUCCCCCCUCUCUCCCCUGUGUCCACAUCGGGGGAUACAUGCAGGAUAUGUCACUGUGAAGGAGACGAUGAGAGCCCUUUGAUUACCCCCUGUCACUGCACGGGAAGUCUUCAUUUUGUGCACCAAGCCUGCCUGCAGCAAUGGAUCAAGAGCUCGGAUACGAGAUGCUGUGAACUGUGCAAGUAUGAGUUCAUCAUGGAGACGAAACUGAAGCCUUUGAGAAAGUGGGAGAAGCUGCAGAUGACAGCCAGUGAGAGGAGGAAGAUCAUGUGCUCUGUAACAUUCCAUAUCAUCGCCAUCACCUGUGUUGUGUGGUCUCUCUAUGUCCUGAUAGACAGGACCGCUGAAGAGAUUAAACAGGGACAGACUACUGGGAUUCUAGAGUGGCCAUUUUGGACUAAGCUGGUGGUUGUGGCUAUUGGUUUCACUGGAGGACUUCUGUUCAUGUACGUACAAUGCAAAGUGUACGUACAGCUGUGGAAAAGACUUAAAGCUUAUAACCGAGUAAUAUAUGUCCAAAACUGUCCAGAAACUAGCAAAAAGAAUAUUUUUGAAAAACCUGCACUAAUGGAGCCAAACUUUGAAAGUAAAGAAAUGCUUGGGGUUCACCAUUCAGACACAAACUCUUCACAUUACACAGAGCCAGAAGACUAUGCUGGAGAAAUCCUUCACGUCUGAUUGCUGGGUGGGAGGGCUGUUUCUGUAUCUCCUUGAAGAUUUAAAAUAUCAUUGUUUACUGCAAACUGCUCUACCUUUUUAAAAUUGGCUAACAGCUGAGAGCUGGCAGAUCAAUUUUUUUACACUUGAUUUUUGUUGGAAUUUUUUUAAAUCCCUUUGGCAUAUCUGUCACUGUCAUUAUGGUUGCAAACCUCUCAACGUUUUGUCUCUCGUACUGGCUGAUCAAAGAGCCACAGGAUACUGGGUAGACUGAGCUUGGGUUUGGUAUCAAGCAAGCCGCUAGUGAACAGUCAUCAACAUCAUGGAGUCUCUUACUUCAGAAGAUGACUCUAAAUGAUUCUGGAAUAUGUGUAUGUGGGGUUUGUUUGUUUAUUCUUGAAGCAUGAUGAAGGAGGUUGUCCCAGACAUUGAGGGAAAUGGGAGAGCUAGAAUCUAAUCUAUCACUAACACUGCCACUAACAUUUUGUCUUAGGCAGCAGGUGUAAAAUAUUGCUUUACGUAUUGUGAUGAGACUUACAAAGCAUAUAGCACUUUUAAAAAAUCUUUAUUUUGUAAUACGUUAUGUCAAAUGAGAAUGAAACUUGAAAGAAUGUGUCAUUUUCAAAACAUUUCUUCAUUCUUUACCCCAUCUGUUCUUCUGGAACGUAAACCUCUUGCCUUAUAAAAAAAAAAAUUAAAAAAACCUCCAACCUGUGAUUUCCAACACACGCCCACAUGAUCUCACUAAACAUAACACUAAAAACUCUGCCUCUUUGGGUUUCCUUUGAGGAGUGAUUUUUUUUCAAAGGACAUUGCACUUGUGACUUGUGUAUGGGGAGUAGUUGAUGUGUACAGUGUUGGUUUCCAAUGCGUAAUGGUUUCUGUUUUCGGGAUUGGUUUUGCUUUUUUUUUUUUUAACUAGGUCAGACCAUCAACACACCUGCACAUAUAUACCUGAUGUAACUUUCAUUCCAAACCACUGGUAAAGGGUUUGUUGCUAUAUUGGUAAAAAUGUGAGCUGUUAUGGAAAAAAGAUACUUAGUCAAUACAGCUGAAAUUGGUUUUCCUUCUUUAGUGCUGUGUCAUGUGUGAAUUACCCAAGAAUUUGAUGUUGUCAGAGGAGGUGGUGAGAUCAAAGUCUCGAAAGUAAACAUUGCAUUAAGGGGAUGAGUUUAAAAAUACCUGCCUGGUUUUAGUCCUGAUGUGAUGCAUUACAUGGUCAAAGAAUAGUUUUGUUCGUGCUUUUCAAUAUGGGACUGGCUUUUUAAUCAGCCAACCUUAAUGAAAAGAGAGGGACAGCUUUAAAAUCUGCAGGGCUUUAGGCAGUUUCCCAAAGCCUGGGGUGUCUGCUGUUAAUUCACUUGACCAAUCUGCUUCACUGAAACACUUUCCAGCUUCAAGCCCUCGUUUAACCGAAGUCUCAGUGUGGCUGGAGCAGAAACAAAGCCCCAUGAAAAGUCAGCACACGAGGCCUCUGCAUGUGAAGGCUGACUUGUCCUACCUAAGCCCUAUCUAAAUCUCUGUAAAGUCAAUGAUAAUCCUCUGGCUGGUCUUAGUAGGAGUUGCCUGGACUUCUCAGUUGGGUAAAAGCAUCUGUUUACUUGUUCAGAUACUGAACUAAAGCCCCAGCUCUGGUUCAGGUUUUACUUAGUCUUUUUUGAGUACAACUGUCAUUGGGCAAGUCCUUUUCAUAAUAAAAGUAGUUGCUUUAAGACUUGCCAAAGAGUAACAGUAAGAGAUCGGUGAUUUUUUUCCUUAAAAUGUAGUAUUAAUUUAUUUCUAAAUUGAUAUUUUAAAAGAAGGCAGAGAAGGGACUAUGGUAAGAGAGCACCCACCAGUGGUUUCUAAGAACUGUUAGAGGAAAAGUGUGUGUGUGCGUGCAUACCUCUGCAUGAUCUCGUGCUUGAAGUUUACUGGCUGUGAUAUACACGAGCAUCAUGCUUCUGGAGGUGGUUUAAAAUACUAAGGCCUCUAGACAGUCCUAGCAAAGCUGCACUGGCAGGGGGUUGUGUACUGUGCUAGGUGUCAGGAUGUCCCAUGCUUAUAUGAUACAGGCAGACAAACCCUGCAUACCCUCCUGGUAGCAGGGCAGCAGUCUUCAUGACCAUACACAUGUAGACUUUGUUGCCUCUGCCUGCCAUAAUUGAAGUGCAAUUACUUGGGCCCUUUCCUGAACUCUUCUGUGGGUGAUCCUCUUCUAUUAUGAGAGCCUGGAUAAUACACUGUCUUGUUUUGUUUUGUAUUUUGUUCUGUGAAAAGAUUUACUAGAUAAUCUCAGGUGGGUUAAAUAUCAGGUCUUGUACAACUUCAUCGUGUUCUUCUGAAAUGCCCAAGUGCGCAAGACUUACGUGUCUGCGAGAUGCUUGCGUUACAGCUGUAAGAUGCACAGAAUCAGCUGUCAGCGUGCUGUGCACAUUCUCAUCCGAUCUGUGGCCAGCAGGUGAAAUGAAAAUGCACAAGUUCUGGUAUGAAACCUGCUUGUUCUCCAGCUCACACCUGAGAGGCACCAGUGUCCGACUGAUGUUCUGACAAGUGCUGAUAUGGUAUAUUGUAACAUGCUGGUCCUGUUUCAAUCGCUGUCGUAUGUGAUUCUUGGUGAAACACUGUGAAAUCUCAUUUGGUGUUUUGGAAGCUCCAUACUGAAGGGUUUUGCUGUGCCCCUGUGUAUCUUAACUUGGGAAGAAAAAUCAUCUCCAGCAAAAUCAGCUGGGGAAAAAUACCUGCAGAUGAAACAGUCUUAGCCAGUGCUGCUGCUAACUAUUCCCUCUCCCAGCCGGUCUUUUCUGAAUGAAAAUUGAGGCCGCAUACUUAAACUCUUUAUACUGCUUAGGAAUGCUCAUACCAGGAAGGGCUGCAGAAGAGCUCCAUCUGUCAAGGGUUUUCGUUUAUGCUGGUCACAAUUCUCAUGUUGAUUCUUGCUUGGUGUUAACAGUGGGCAUCUGGAGCUACAGUUCUCUGCUUCUGCGUGGUGCCAUCAAAUGCUGUGAGGUUGAUUGGUGCUUUUUCCUUCUUUCUCCUCAAGGAGAUACUGUUGACUUGUUUCCAGCUUCCAGCUGUGAGGCACUGAUGCUAGCUCAAGUGAGCUCUGUCCUUCCAGCCCAGAUGUCAGUGAGGGGAACCACCGGCCCCUGUCAGGUCAGGUUUUCCACCACUUCCUUCUGGCAGCUUUUGAAAUUACUGAAAGAGAAAUCAGAAAUUUUUUUGGUCCAUGUUCCUCGGCCAAAGUUAGUUCAGGUUACCUGGGACUUUUUUGAGGCCACAAUUUAAGUACGAGGGAAUAUGGACUUCAUACCAUCCACCACAAUCCCUUUCCUAGCUUGCCAGGGCCUUUGCUGGUAUGUCCCAUGCCCUAGACAUCUGACCAGACUCCCAUUCCAUUGACUUAAAUCCUGUCCAAAAAAGUGCCGGCUGUGCCAGGGACAUUUCCCCACCACGUCGUAUUUGGCGUAUCUGCUAGGUCACGAACAUGCAUUAUGUUAGAAAGACAGGUGUGUGCUGCAGAAUGUGGAUCCCAUUUAAGAGAUCGUGGGCUGUCCAAUUCCUAUGAAUUCUCAGGACUUUAUUCAACUGUAACCCUGUAUUUUGGGAGCGGGGCUGGUGUUUAAAAUGUUGUCCUGUGUUCUGAGGAGAUGGCCAGAACUGGGGACAGCUUCUUCUGGUUGAAUGUCAUCGAGCUUGGCUUCGCUUCAGCAGGAGGGAUUCAGUGAAGGUUACACUGAGCCUGCAAGGGGUUGGAGAAGUGCUGGGUCUCUGCUGUAGCUUGGAAGCCCAGGGAAGCAAUAGGAACUCCCUGUCCAAGCCCUCUUCUGCCCGUCCUGUCCCUGUACUGAUCAGAGCAUCAGUCCCACUUGUGGUGCUGCAGGGAAGGGGUCUGCUUGGCGUGCUGCUCUGCAGCCACUUUUGAAGUGGCAGGUGGAUAUGGCCACACAUGGGAGCUGGUGACCUCCGCCCAGUGCCUGGCUGGGUAGGUAUCUAUUGCAAAGUGGGACCUGGGUCCACAUUGCUCCUAAAGCUGAAGUGUGUUAAGAGGCAAAUUUCUGCUGUGGUCUGCUAUGGAGGUUGUGGCCACAGGGAGGUGGGUGACUCUGGGUCGGGUCCCUCUCAGAUAUGGGUGAAACAGGAAAUAGCCAGCAAUAUCCUUGCUUUUGUGGAUUUUCACAGUGUUACAUUAGAUAUGCAAAGAAAACGUACGAGCAGGACCUUUUAUUUUGUGAUUAUUCUUUUUUUUUUUUUUUUUUUUUUAGUUUUGAGAUAUUGCAGUGUCUGUAUAUUCCAAUGAAGUACUGAAAGCACUUGUCUUUGUAUAGAAGAUAACUGUUUAAAAAAUUGCAGCUGAUCUUGUAUUUAGGUAAAACAUUUGUAGAUAGGUAAUUGUAUAACGUUAAAAACUUUACACUGGCAUGUGUUGUAUAGUUUAUACAAGACACUUCACUCUUCUGCGGAAUUUUUUAGUUAGUAAUUUUUUAGUAACUUAAAUGUGUACUUUUGUAUCCUUUCAUGUAUGUUCCUUUUCUCAGUAUUACCACUUGCAGAAUUAUUUUUAGUUUCUUAAAUUGUAAUUGGUUAUUUGUGUGUGAUACACAGGGUUAUUGACUGCAGCAAUAAAGUGUUUCUAUAAAACAAACAAACAAACAA